AUGCCAGUUCCACAGCUUAUUCCCAAUACAUCAAUCGAAAUGCAACGUUAUGAACUUGCGGAGCAACGUCGACAAGCACGUUUGUCCCAUUUUUUGCAUGAAGAUGAAUAUGGUCGAAGGGAACAAACUAGACUUGAUGAAAUUAGAAAGAUUAUGCGAAAUUGGUCAGAACUUAGCAAUGUAGAGAGAAAGAGUAGUGCUGAAGUACCACCUCUGCUACAAGAACCAGAAAGUUACGAAGAAGAUAACACUGAUGACAAUGAUCCGGCUAAAUUAUUUUUGAAUAGAAGAAAAUCAAUAAUUAGGGACUCUCUUCUUGUACAACCUGAUCGAAGGUUGAUUUCCGAAACUUUCGCGGAAGUGGUCGAAGUUGUAUUACCUCAGCACGCAAAUACUUUACAGAUCACGUUUGGUGGUCAAAUUAUAGCAUGGAUGGAGCAAAGCGUACGUGUCAGUGCCUCAAGGCACUCGAGAAAGUUUAUCUUAUUGGCCAGCAUUGAUUCCCUGCAGUUUCUUAAACCAACUUAUGUUGGUGAUGUUGAUUUUAACAACAUGCCUGUACGAGUUCCGCGCGUCGUUCCUGAUAAUGAAGAAGAGGAAGUAAUGUUUUCAGGAUCAGAAUUAAGAAGGAAACGUAGACUUUAUCAACGUAGAGAGUUGGUUCAAAAAGAACUAUCAGCACACCCCGAGGAAUUCGAACAGAAUUUACAAGAUAAAUAA